GAACUGACUCAGGCUCCAGCCGGCACAGAGGAACUCAGCCCCGGUCGCUUCAUGGAGCAGCGUGGGAAUGCUCUGCCCUCUCCGACCGGACAACAGCCCCAUUUCUCCUCCUCCAUCCUCACCCUGUCACCCACCCACAUGCCGCUGUGAUCGGGAGCGACCCGAGCGACGCACCGCGGCACUGGGAUCGGCUGGUGGAAAAACAUCUGCUGGCUUGGAAAGAGACGCGCGUUUCAGUGCUGCGCUGCAAUCAGGAUGAUGUGACAAAUCUGUUACCUGCUGUCCGUGGAAAAGAGAAAGGAAGACACCCAUCUCUGAUCAUUGCUUUUUACUGCCGGGGAAUCCAGUGGGCUGCUUGUUAUAAGGCUGGCAGGCCUGGGGUGGGACAGAGAACAUGGCUGAACCACGGCGGGAAAGCACCAGCAGCCUGCAGAGGAAGAAACCUCCCUGGCUCCGACUGGACAUUCCUACAGCUCAGAUGUCAUUAGACGAGCCCCCCACUUUUGUUCAGCCGCUGAAGAGGCAGGGGUUCCUGCGCAGCAUCAGCAUGCCAGGGGAGACGUCCCACCUCCAGUCUCCACCCCGUGACCUAUUUGAUACCAGACGGCCCGUGUUGCAACGUCAGUCAUCCAUUACCCAGACCAUAAAGAGCAGCAGGAGAGUGCACUUUGAGCGGAUUAACACUGUGCCCAUUAAGGGGCAGCGGGCUGCACGGCGCAGCAUCAGGAAACACCACUCUCUCUCCAGAACUCUCCUCAGGGGAACAGCGGACUGGUUUGGGGUGAGUAAGGACGGAGACGCCACCCAGAAAUGGCAGAGGAAGAGUCUGCGUCACUGCAGCCUGCGCUAUGGAAAGCUGAAACCACAGGUGAUCCGGGAGAUGGAUCUGCCCAGCCAGGAUAACAUCUCCCUGACCAGCACUGAGACCCCACCUCCGCUCUACGUCCCCGCCUCACAACAUGGGAUGCAAAAGAUCGUGGACCCACUGGCGCGUGGAAGAGCUUUUCGAAUGGUGGAGGAGGUGGACGGCUUCAGCGUGCCUCAGACUCCCAUCACCCCAGGAGCUGCGUCUAUCUGCUCCUUCACCAGCUCCCGCUCAGGUCUCAACCGGCUCCCUCGCCGUCGUAAGAGGGAGUCUGUUGCAAAGAUGAGCUUCAGGGCCGCAGCUGCACUGGUCAAGGGUCGUUCGUUACGGGAGAGCACGCUAAGACGGGCUCAGAGGCGAAGUUUCACCCCUGCGAGUUUCAUGGAGGAAGAUGUGGGCGACUUUGGUGAUGAACUGGACACAUCCUUCUUUGCCAGAGAUAUGCUAAUGCAUGAAGAGUUGUCCACAUACGCAGACGAGGUUUUUGAGUCUCCAUCUGAAGCGGCCAUCAAAGAUGCGGAGCCCAGCAGCAAGCUGGAUGAGACGGAGCUGACAGGCAGCGCCCUAGAUAAGAUGGAGCUGGAGAGAAGUCACCUCAUGCUACCUCUGGAGAGAGGGUGGCGGAAAGUCAAAGAAGGAACUCCAGGACCACCAAAGGUGCCCUUGCGUCAGGAAGUCGUGAGUGUCAACGGACAGCGGCGUGGACAGCGCAUCAUUGUCCCUGUCAAAAAGCUUUUCUACCGUGAGAAGAGGCCGUAUGGUUUGGGCAUGGUAGGAAAGCUCACAAACCGCACCUACCGCAAGCGCAUUGACAGCUAUGUCAAGAGGCAGAUAGAAGAUAUGGAUGACCACAGGCCUUUUUUUACAUACUGGAUCACCGUUGUCCAUUUACUCAUCACCAUUUUGGCUGUAUGCAUCUAUGGUAUUGCGCCGGUGGGCUUCUCCCAGCAUGAGACGGUUGAUUCUGUUUUAAGAAACAAAGGUGUGUAUGAAAAUGUCAAGUUUGUACAGCAGGAGAACUUUUGGAUCGGGCCCAGUUCAGAAGCCCUGAUCCAUUUGGGGGCCAAAUAUUCUCCAUGCAUGAGACAAGACAAGCAAGUGCAUGAUCUUAUCACAAAAAAGAGAGCUAUCGAAGGCAACUCUGCCUGCUGUGUGCGAAACGAUCGCUCUGGCUGUGUUCAAACCUCAGAGGAGGAGUGCUCGAGUACUCUGGCCGUGUGGGUGAAGUGGCCGAAGCAUCCCAGCGCUCCCCAGUUAAACAGUAAAGUCAGGCAGUACGGCUCCGUGUGCCAUCAGGAUCCCAGGAUAUGUCUGGAGCCCGCCUCAGUGUCGCCUCAUGAAUGGCCUGAUGACAUCACCAAGUGGCCAAUUUGUACCAGGUACAACACAGGUAACCACACCAACCUGCCUCAUAUCGACUGCACCAUCACGGGCCGACCCUGCUGCAUCGGAACCAAAGGGAGGUGUGAGAUCACAUCCCGGGAGUAUUGUGACUUUAUGAUGGGCUACUUCCACGAGGAGGCUACUCUUUGCUCACAAGUGCAUUGCAUGGAUGAUGUCUGUGGACUGUUGCCUUUCCUCAACCCUGAGAUCCCAGAUCAGUUUUAUAGGCUCUGGCUCUCACUCUUCCUGCAUGCUGGGAUCCUUCACUGCCUGGUUUCCGUGGCCUUCCAGAUGACCAUCCUGAGGGACUUGGAAAAACUGGCGGGCUGGGUGCGCAUUUCAAUCAUUUACAUCCUCAGCGGCAUCACUGGCAACUUGGCUUCAGCCAUCUUCCUGCCCUACAGAGCAGAGGUGGGGCCAGCAGGCUCUCAGUUUGGGAUCCUGGCCUGCCUGUUUGUGGAGUUGUUUCAGAGCUGGCAGAUCCUGGCACAACCCUGGAGGGCCUUCACCAAGCUGCUGUGCGUGGUGCUCUUCCUCUUUGCCUUUGGGCUUCUGCCCUGGAUUGACAAUUUUGCCCACAUCUGUGGCUUCAUCUCUGGCUUCUUCCUGUCCUUCGCCUUCCUACCCUACAUCAGUUUUGGCCGCAUGGACCUGUACCGCAAACGCUGUCAGAUCAUCGUCUUCAUGGUGGUGUUUGUCGGUCUCUUCUCAGGCCUCGUGGUGCUCUUUUACGUCUACCCAAUCAAGUGUGAAUGGUGCGAAUUGCUCACUUGCAUCCCCUUCACAGACAAAUUCUGUGAGAAGUAUGACCUCAACGCCCACCUCCACUGAAGUUCGAGCACAGCAGGAAGGCAUCAGAUAGAUAGAUGUGGACUGGCAGGGGAUGGUUUUCCCCUUCUCUGUGAAAUAAAACGAUGUGGAUGUGUUCUUUUACUCUGUCAUUAUGAAUACCUUCCCCCCUCAUCAUAAGGACCUCCUUUUCCUUGCUUCCCUGUUCACAAGCGGUCGUAUUUACUCCUCAGUGUCCAGUGAAACAAAGCUACGGCACUUCAGAAACUUAUCAAAGCGCUCAGCCCUUUACACGAGAGGCAGAAGUUAAGAGAAGCCGGCGCUGGUACAGAGGAAAGGACCAUUUUCUACAUUCACAAUCCAGAUAGUUUUUAUUGUUAUUCAGGCAACCUCAUACAGAAGCAGGGACAAGAAAUAUCAAUACCUUUGGUGCCUUGUUGUUAAAUGUACCAACUACUGCCAUAUUUUUGUUACAUUAUGCUGAGCACUCGAAUGUCUCCGUUUAUUUGUUUAUUGCUUCUCAAGAAGUGAUCAUUGUUUUGAACACGGUAGUGUUUUAGCUACCUGUCUACACACAUGUAACUGAAAACAGUAAAAAGAAAAAAAAAUUCUGCAAAAUAAAAAAGGUCUCCUACUUUUUUUUU